CACAGUGUGAUUUGUUGAAAUAUUGCUUGACAUUUCAAUUUCGUAAAUGUCAUUUCAACAUCAAAAAUUCUUGUAAGCAUAAAUUAAAUCAGCAAAAUGGGUGAAGCAGCGGAAAAUUUGAACUAUGAUUGCAACUACAAUAUGUUCCUUGCCAAAAUAAUGCUCUCCAAUUUGGCGAGAAGCGAAGACAGACAAAAGGCGGUUAAGUGGAUGAAGAAACUUGCCACUUGUAACAGAAGCAUAGAGGAAAUGAAACUGAGAAAUGAUUUCAUGUAUUAUUUGGUGAUAAAUAUACAGCAAGGCGAGUUACAACCUCCAUUUACGGACAACCCACCUACUAGUCCAUUACCUAACAUAGCUCAUCUUUUGCCAGGAGGCGUCGCAGAAGUAGAGGUGAAUGAAUUUGGUGAAACAACUACUCAACAAACGAGAAAGCCGAUGUUGUACGAAAAUUCACCUGAUGGAGGUGCAUUUUUGGCUGCUCAACCUGUACCGAGGUGUGGGGCAUUUUGUUAUUUGGCCGUAGUUGCCAGAGAGCCAAAACAUGAUUGAUUUUUUAUAUUUUACAAUAAUAGUGUUUUUAUUUUUGUGCUUUCAUAUUACUAUUUACUCAUUACUUUCUCAAGUUGAUUCUCUGAAAAGAAAAUAAACUUUUACUUCACCCAAGUGAUCUAAACCGGCACUGCUGAACCAAUGUUUUAAUUCGAGAUAAUCAACCAAUUUCUAUGAUAACUGCAAAUUGGAAAUUGUAUGAAGUAAAAAUGGAGGCAGAUAUUUUUCAAUAUAGUACAAUAACAGCAAG